GUCUGCACUCUGCACAGACCCUGCCACAACUCUUGGAUCAUUUCUUGAACUUUCUCUGCUUUCUGAAGUUUUUGAGAAUUUUUCACCAUUCUGGUUCUCGAAAGUCAAAACGUACAAAUUAUCAUUGGAUUUUGUCAAGUGUGGGGCAUGUUACUAGUUUUCUAUCAGUUUUAAAGUGUCCCUGUAUGAUUGUAUCAAUAAGGGCUUGAUAUCAUUUAUUGCGUUACCGCUGUGCAACUGAAGAUGGAUCACGCUAACGGAACCGAGGAAAGCGCUGCAGAUGAUAUGAAUGUUAUUGCUCCAUCGGAUGCGCUUUUUUGUCCAGAUCCCGUUAGCGUCGAUAAUGGAAAAAAGCCAUACUUGGUGUACUCUCAACAUAACGAACAGAUCUUCAAGGAAAUUGCAGAUGUGCUAACCAAACAGUCCAUCCUUGGUUUGGCAACCGUGUUCGAUGCCACGAGCGCUAAAGUUCAGCUGCGGAAUUUGUCAUACUUCGUCAUUUCUACGGUAUCCCCGGCGAUGACGUACGUGUUCGACUGUAACAAUGUGGUGGCGGAUGAUUUGUUUUUGGAUUUACGGAAUAUUUUGCAAAAUCAGAGUGUUUUGAAGAUUGUGCAUCCAUUCGAUCCUACUGUCGGCUUCCUGAUUCAUCGUCAACAUAUGGAUAUGAACAAUAUUUUUGAUCUCCAAGUCUGUGACAAAAUUCUGCGGAGCUUGGGAGAAACCCCAGAAUUGGCGUCGUUGACGGAGUUGAUUUGCUUGUAUGUUGACCCUCAAUUCGUCGAUAAGCAGCCAGUUGAAAAGGGCAAUGUUGGACUGGAUAGCAAAGCAGUCGAAAGAGGAGCUAUGGAAUUGCAAGCAGCGAUGCAGGGAGCCUUUCUGAUCGACAUUUACCGCAACCAGCAACAGGUGAUCAUUAGCCCUGUUGUGCAGCAUUUGGAUGCGAAGGUCAAGGCGGAAUUGGCGGUUUUCGGGAAAAAGCCACACCCGGAAUCCGCAAAGGCCUAAAUAAUAAAAAUUUCACUGGCCUGACCGUAGUUGGAAAAGACUGUGACUAUAAUCUGUUUGAUUUACUGAAACCCUAAUUUUCCGGAGUUACUCUGGACCAUGUUGGAUAACAAUUACAUAAUCCGAAAUUAAACCGCUUGGAGGAAUUAUCAGCGGUGUUGUAAGUCUAAAGAUUUCCUUUCAAUAGCAUCCUGCAUGCAACACCGUUCUGAAAUUCGGAUAUUACUUCUGCCACUGCUACAAGGCAAGCCUGAGAUAGAGUGCAUUCUUAAGUUCCCAUAUAAAUUUCUAGUCUGAUUACUAACUGGUGAUUGUGCAAAUAAGUACUAUACAGUAACUGCGCAUGAGGACAAACUGCCCUCUGCAACAUUUCUUCAUUCGGUUGAGAAAACUUUUGUAACGAAAUUGUAUACUGUCAGAAUUUUCGUUUGUUAAGACGAACAACAAAUUUACAUCAGU